CGUACGUGUUGUAUCUCUCGUCAGCUGGUUGUUUUUGCAGGUAGUGCUUUGUUUUGAGGUUCGUGUUAAGCUACAGUGCAGUGAUAAGAACCCGAUUAUUAUUGUAGUUUGACACUCGUCAAACAGCGAUGGAGCCUACUGCGUCCCUAUCAGCAAGCACUCUUCCAAGCCUUGCCUUUGCUGCACUUCUCUUUAUUGUGUCCAUCGUUGUUGGUUACGGACUUGGACGAAAGCUCCCCACCGUUGACCGCUUGGUUGUUGUAUGGCUCGUGUAUGACGCGCUUACACAUUUCAUUUUGGAAGGUGCGUUUCUCUAUUAUUCCAUGGUUGCUACUGUGCAGACAUCAGAUGGGUUCCUAACUGAUUUGUGGAAGGAGUAUUCCAGGGCCGAUUCUCGUUGGGGUGAGUCGGAUCCGACAAUCGUCUCGUUGGAAAUACUGACGGUGGUUGUAGAUGGACUUCUAGCUGUUGUCUUGAUUUACGCAAUCCUAGCCAAGAAACACUACAGGCAUUAUGUACAGAUUGUACUCUGCGUGUGUGAAAUUUACGGCGGUUGGAUGACGUUCUGUCCAGAGUGGUUGACCGGUAGCCCGAGCCUGGACACCAGCAAUGCACUGUUUCUCUGGGUCUACCUCGUCUUCUUCAAUGGCAUCUGGGUCGUGAUACCCGGCGCCCUCAUGUGGCAGUCCUGGGUUAGUCUACGAGACCAGCAUGCCAAGCUUGAGGGGCGUGCCAAGGGAAAAAGAAAGUAGCUCGGCUCUAUGUAUAUUUUGUUCAAUUAAAGGCACUGGACACUAUUGGUUAUUACUCAAAAAAAUUGGUAGCAUAAUCAUACUUGGUGAUGAGCAAUUGAGAGCCUUAAUUUCCAUAAGCACAGUAAUUCGGAGUGAAACUUUCUCAAAAUGCAUUAUACUUCAAAGCUGCUGUACUUCUUUACCAAGUACGUUUUUAUUACAAUUAAUGUUCGAAGCCAGACCAUUUAUUUUAAUGCCUUGUGAAAUAUUGCCUGAAAAGUACAAGUUCCUUUAUCCCCUGUACAUUUUGAGAAAAUCACUUCAAAACAGAAGCAUGUCUCAGGAAUAAUUUGACUGAGAAACGUGGAUUGAUGUUUUGUUUAAAUUGCCUUGGGAAUGAUAUAAGUUUGAGAAGUAUGAAAAAUCAUAGAUUUGUAUAUUUUUAUGCAAAUAUUGUUUCCAUAUCUAAAUAGACACUGCACAUUAAAGCCAUUAUACACUUUCGGUAUAGACAAAAAAAUAAAAGUUCACAGAUUUACAAAUAAUUUACAGGG